GACUCCACCUGAAGAGCCACCUGAAAAUUCAUCAUCAGAGUCACUGCUGCCAACACAAACUAAGAAGACAUGCUGCCAAUCCGAGCUGUGGUGGUGAUCGCACUUACUGUUUGUCUGACUGCAAACACAUCAGCAGCUUAUCCUCACUGCUGUCGAGGGUACAUAACAAGCAGAUUACCAUAUUCAACCAUCAAGGGGUACUCAGUCCAGAUUGACACAGAGAUGUGUCCCAUCAAUGCCAUCAUUUUCCACACAAAGAAGGGGAAAGUAUGCGCCAAUCCAGCUCUGAAGUGGGUGAUUGACGCUAUCGAUCAGAUAAGGAAUAAAGCACAGAAGAUCCACCAGCGCAGCUCACAGCUGCAGAUAUAGAAGAUCGUCUGAGGUUUUUAAACAGACCACUGAUACCAGCUACAGAAAACAAA